AUGCCGGCUGAUGUGUGCCCGAGGGCGCCUGAGCCACAGACCACGGGACACGGAGGAGUACAGAUGGGAUUACUGGAAAACACACGUCUAGGGUCCUUCCCAUUUGCAAGUAUGUCUUCAACAAGUCUGCAUCCUGUCAAUGCUACACCGUCGGCAGCGAGUCCGAUCCAGACUGCGGACUCGGCCGCAAUCACCAUCUUCCAAAUCACGUCUUUGAUGGUGAUACUGAUCGCGGCUUUUCUCGGCAACGGGGUGAUCUUCCUCGUGUUUGUCAGGAAGCCCUCGCUGCUCUCCGUCUCCAACCGAUUCGUCCUCCAUCUGGCGAUAUGUAACUUCCUCAUGUGUGUGGUCGUCAUGCCGCCCGUUCUGGUAUCUGUCAUCUCCACGGACUGGAUGCUGAAGGAACAAAGCUGCAUCGCCACUGGCUUCUUGAAUGUGCUCCUCUUCGCGGCAAUCAUCUUGACUUUGGUCAUGAUCACAGUGGAUCGGUACGUAGCUGUCAUGUUACCAUUACGCUACUACAUUUACAUGACCGCCAGGCGGGCCGCAUUGAUGAUUCUACUGGUCUGGAUCAUGGCUCUCGCCCUGGCUCUCCCACCAGUUUUUGGUUGGAACUCCAUCUCGUACCACCACCAUCGCUUCAUCUGCACGGCCGCAGUGCCAGAUGGUAGUGGAACCCCCAACGAUAGCUACGAGAUAUACCUGGUGGUAGGGGGCUUCGCGGUGCCUCUGAUCUCUAUUGCAUCCAUGUACGGUCGCAUGUACCUAGCAGCCCGGGAUCUCGUGGCUAGAGACCGGCACCGCUGGUUCCGAGUCCCGUCCUCCGAGGAAACCACCGGCUGCUCCAGCACCGACCCCGUCAAGAAACAGCGGGCAUUCACCGGCGGCGGCAUCAAGAAGAUACUGCGAGUCCACAUUGGGGAUGAGUGGCGGACAGCUCAGACCACGCUCAUGGUCAUGCUGAGUUUUGUAGUGUCCUGGUUGCCAUACUACGUGGUGGGUUUGGUUGAGGCAGCCUUGGACAGACACGUUAGUCCGUUCUGGGAGUGGAUUCCCCUAUGGCUAGCUUUAUCCAGCAGCGCUUUCAACCCGUACGUCUACGUAUUCAGGAGUGCAUCUAUGAGACAUCAUGCCUUCUCGUUGUUCGGACUCCGCCGGCACGCAUCGAUAAAAGACUCAAAGUUGUUCACAGAAGCAUGAUACUAUUCCGAGCAAAGCAAUAGACAUGAGACCUAAUGACGUAAUUGCUUUGUUUAUACAUGCACUUUCCUAUGGGAGAGAAGUCGGGACACCAGACAAAAUAGGGACCAUCUGCCACAUAGGAAAGCUCACAUGUAAACAAAGUGUGACUUCAUUAGGUAUCAGGCCUAUUGACAGCUGUGAUGUGGGAUAUGGCGUUUAGGGUGCUAUGCGCCCCGAGGGGUAUGGCAUAUCCCACAUCACAGCAGUCAACACUUGUUUUGUUAUAUCGUGCCAAUAAGUCAAGCGGAUUAAUGGCUGUAACAUACUCUGAGAGAAAUAAAUUAAAUCACUACGGUGUAACCUUUGGUAACUACAGGUUUUCCCAGCCCAUGCCGGACAUGAGACUGAGCCGCGGU